AUGUCUGGGAAACGGAAGCGGGUGGUGUUAACUAUUAAAGAUAAGCUUGAUAUAAUAAAAAAACUUGAGGACGGAGGUUCUUCCAAACAACUGGCAGUGAUUUAUGGGAUUGGUGAGACAACAGUUCGGGAUAUAAGAAAAAAUAAGGAAAAGAUUAUAACUUAUGCAAGCAGUUCUGAUUCCACAAGUCUUCUUGCCAAGAGGAAAUCUAUGAAGCCAUCUAUGUAUGAGGAACUGGAUAGAGCAAUGCUAGAAUGGUUCAACCAGCAAAGAGCAAAAGGGAAUCCCAUAUCUGGACCAAUUUGUGCAAAAAGGGCAGAGUUCUUUUUUUAUGCUUUGGGCAUGGAUGGUGAUUUUAACCCCUCUGCUGGUUGGUUAACUCGUUUUAAGCAGCGGCACAGCAUUAGAGAGAUUAACAUUAGAAAUGAAAGAUUAAAUGGAGAUGAGACUGCUGUGGAAGAUUUUUGUAACAACUUCCGAGACUUUAUUGAACGAGAGAACUUACAGCCUGAACAAAUCUACAAUGCUGAUGAAACUGGACUCUUUUGGAAAUGCCUACCUUCCAGGACUUCUGUGAUCAAAGGUAAAUGCACUGUCUCAGGGCACAAGUCAAUUGAAGAAAGAGUCACUAUCAUGUGUUGUGCCAAUGCAACAGGUUUACAUAAACUGAAACUUUGUGUUGUGGGGAAAGCAAAGAAACCUCGCUCUUUCAAGUCAACUGACACCUCAAACCUGCCAGUCUCUUAUUUCAGCCAAAAAGGUGCAUGGAUGGAUCUUUCCAUUUUCCGACAGUGGUUUGAUAAGAUCUUUGUGCCACAAGUUCGAGAGUACUUAAGAUCUAAAGGCCUACAGGAAAAGGCUGUGCUCUUGUUGGAUAAUUCACCAACACAUCCAAAUGAAAAUGUCCUAAGGUCAGACGAUGGCCAAAUAUUUGCUAAGUAUUUACCACCUAAUGUGGCUUCAUUGAUCCAGCCCUCAGAUCAGGGAGUCAUAGCGACAAUGAAGAGAAAUUAUCGUGCAGGUCUUCUUCAGAACAACUUGGAAGAAGGUAAUGACCUGAAAUCGUUCUGGAAGAAGCUAACUCUGCUAGAUGCACUUUAUGAAAUAGCAAUGGCAUGGAAUUUAGUAAAGCCAGUUACCAUUAGCAGAGCAUGGAAGAAGAUUCUUCCUACCAUAGAGGAGAAAGAAGGCUUGGACUUUGAUGAAGAAGAUGUUUCUGUGGCUACCGUGGCCACCAUUUUACAACAUACCAAAGGAUUGGAAAAUGUGACUACUGAGAACAUUGAAAAAUGGCUUGAAGUAGACAGUACUGAACCAGGCUAUGAAGUGUUAACUGACAGCGAAAUCAUCAGAAGAGCACAAGGCCAGACAGAUGAAUCUAGUGAAAAUGAGGAGGAGGAAAUAGAACUGAUUCCAGAGAAGCAUAUUAAUCAUGCAGCUGCUCUCCAAUGGACUGAAAACUUAUUGGAUUAUCUAGAACAGCAAGGUGAUAUGAUUCUGCCCGAUAAACUGGUGAUACGUAAACUUCGAGCCACCAUCAGAAAUAAACAGAAGAUGACAAAUUCAAGUCAAUAA